AGGUACCCAUACAACUACCAUGUGUACACGGUCAUCAAGCCGUUGGAGGUGCUGGCGGGGCCGAUUGCGCCGUGGUUUGGACAAGCCGGAGCUGGCGUGCAGUACAAGCUGUAUCAGAGCGUAGGAACUUUGAUCACGAACGGCUAUUUGCGGCGGGAGGACGCGUCGGUGUUGCUUCCUUGA